AUGCUUCCGUUGCUCCUCUCCCCGCUCGCGCGCGCGGAAUCCGCGCUUCUUCGCCGCCCUGCGCCCUCUCCUGCGGCCGCCGCGCCCGCCGGGGACCAAGAGGUGAUAUGGGAGCUCCACGGUGACAGGUGGCGGCGCCUGAUUGGCGGAGACAGCAGCAGCAGCGCGAGCAGCAGCAAGGGGAAGAAGGGCCAGCUAGUGGUGGAAGUUGAACUGGAAGGCGAGGAAGCUGCUAACGCGUACGAGGAGGAACACGGACGCGUUGUAAAGGGGAUCGUUACAAGCACGGGGAAUGGCAACGGGAAGGCCGCAGGGGGUAGGGUUUUAGCGGGGGAGGAGGAUGAGCGGAGCAGAGGGGGGGAUAUGGUUGCGCGGGUGGUGAGGGGAGUGAAAGCGGCGGUGGUGAGAUGGAUGUUACCAGAGGGUUAUCCCGAUAGUGUGACUCCUGACUAUAUGGAGUACACAGUGUGGCGCAUGCGGCAAACAGUGGCGAGCGAAAUGAACCACGUGCUUACAACGCAGGCAAUGCUGUACGCGGUGGGGCUGGGCAAGGGCGCCAUCCCAGCAGCAGCCGCGGUCAACUGGGUCCUAAAGGACGGGCUGGGCUACGCAGCAAAAGUCACGCUCUCCCAGUUUGGCCGCCAUUUCGACGUCUCCCCCAAGCGCUCGCGCCUCCUCUCCGACCUCGUCGAGAACCUCUCCGCCUCCCUCGAGCUCCUCACCGCCACCUUCCCGCAGUACUUCGUUCAACUGGCUGCUGCAGCCGGGGCAGGGUUCUCUGCUUCCAGUCUCGUGCAGAGUGCCACGAGAAACCGGUUUUACGCCGGGCUGGCAGGCAGAAGAAAUUUCGCCGAGGUGCUAGCACGCGCAGAGGCACAGGGCAUGGUGAGCAAGACAUUGGGGAUGGCACUAGGCAUCGCCAUCGCUCCACACGUGGGCAACCGGGGCCCUCUACUCUGGGCGACUCAUGGCCUGCUGUCCGCCGCGCACCUGUUCUGCAACUACCGCUCGUACAAGGCUGUACAACUCAGGACACUCAACCCCUUCAGAGCAGAUAUUGUCCUGGCAGAGUAUGUGACCAAUGGCAGGGUGCCAGGUGUCAUUGACGUCAACUCACAGGAGCCCAUUCUGCCGCCCCUCAAAUCGAUAUUUUCGCCCAAGGACAAUCCACCACCAGCGCCUGGGACAGGGAGCGAGAACUGGAUCGAGUUUGGAGUGCCUUUGGCCGCAGUGGCGCACACAGAGCGGGAGGCAGAGACCAUGGCUGAUAUAUUCCGAGGAGAGAAGUAUUUGCUUGGGCGGGACGAGCGAACUGGACAGAUGCAGGUGCGUGCCUUGAGUGUGAUUGUGGUUUGGUGUUGUCUUGAAGGAAGGAGCACUCCCUCGGGAUUUCCUCAGAGCAGCCCUGCAAGCUGCCUACCACUAAAUGCCAUCCUCCUCUGCCCACCGACAUGCCUCCUCACCCCUCGCACCCACCAUCCAGGUUGUGUUGAAGGAAGGAGCUCUCCCAAGGGACUUCCUCCGAGCAGCCCUGCAAGCCGCCUACCUCCGCACCGCACGCACACUCGCUUCACACUUCAACUGCCCCACUGCAAGCUGCCUGCCUUUCAAUUCUCACCUCUUCCUCUAAAUGCCAUUCCAUGCCUUUUCACCCCGGGGACCCUGUCACUAACCCACCAGGUUGUGUUGAAGGAAGGAGCUCUCCCAAGGGACUUCCUCCGAGCAGCCCUCCAAGCCGCCUACCUGCGCACGCUCGCCCCACACUCCCUCUGCCCCACAACCCACUCUCUCGCCCCUCAAGCGCGCACCCACGUCCAAGCCCGCGCAGCUGAGUUCGCCUCGUUUGGGAAACUAGAGGUGCUGCAUGCUUCAUAUAACCGCAUGGCGGGGGGGUUUGACGGGUUGUGUGAGGAGCUGAGAGCGAGUGGGUGGCGCUGCGAUGAUGGCUUGCUGGCGCGGCCGGGGGAUUGGCGACUGCUGCUGGAAUCAGCUGAUAAGAGCAAGUGA